ACUAUUAAAUUGUUUUCUACUUCAGGCCUAAGACAAGCCAUGCUAGCUUUAGAAUCAGCGACAUUAGAGGUUAAACGAUACAUGUUGGACGAAGCCAGUAUUAUUUACGAAUGCAAAACCUGCAAUAACAUGUUCAGAUCCCUUGGAAAUCUGAUUGCACACAAACGAACCUUCUGCAAUAGUAGAUACUCACAGAUAAAACAUAUAUACUCAGACAAAGUUGGGAAGGAUUUUGCCUCAUCACAAACAGUUUUUAUAGAAAAUGAAAAGGUCGAGACCGUGGUACCUGAGGAACCCUUUGAUCUCCAGGCAUACAGUCCCAGCUUGAAUUUACUGAAGGAAGCUGAAAUAUUACGAGAGCUAAAGGUUGAACCUGCUAGAAGUCGCCUCCUGCCUCCCAGAAAAGAAGGUUUACAACGUAUUGUUGACAGAUUGGCCGCUAGGAUUGAACCCUCAGAAAGGAAUGAUAUCCUCUUGUUGGAACCAAUGGUGGAAAAUAGUUCGGCUGUAUUUCAGACCCUCGCAACUAUAGAAACCACAGGGAUGGAUGUCAAACAAUUGAGCAGAGAUAAAUCAGAGACUGUUGUUGUUGCACCAUCAGGGCUUCCUUUAACUAAAGGCUCUUUACCAAAUGUUGAGAGACCCUGCAGCCCCUGUAGUUCGGAUAAUAGUAAAGAAAAUAACGAGGUAGAAAAGGUUUGGAGGUACCCUUGCCCCAUCUGCAAGGGGAAACGAGUCUACUAUUCAAAAAUCUUCACAGUGUACAAGCAUAUAGAAAGACAUCACAACAAAAGCUUGGACGAAGCUAAGCUCAUGAGAAAAAAGAUCAAGGUGAAAAUUCACAAAAAUAAUAACUUAUCAAACUUAUUAUAACUUAUAAAAAAAAAC